UGUAAGUCAAUCUCACUCUCAUUACUUUCUCAGCUUUGUCUUUCUUCUUCUUCUUCUUCUUCUUCUUCUUCUUCAUCACCACACUCUGCAGCUUCUCCAUCUGCUUCUAAAGAGAGAGAGAGAGAGAGAGUUCUUGUUCUUUUGUUUUGCCACAUCUCUUCAGUUGGGAUCUCAAAGUGUUAUCUUUGAAUUGCUUUCUUUUGUAGGUGCUCACUAAGAGACAUCAGUGGACCAGGUUUUGCAGAAGAAUCAACAGGAAAUCCUAAAAAAGUUAAAUCCAUUUAAAGUUCAUUGGUGGUUCCACUUGCUGUCUGUCAUGCGCUUGGUGUUCUUAUCUGGCCAACAAGGAUAACUUUUUCUAAAGAAAAGCAACAAAAGAAAAGAUAACAACAAGCUCAAAAGGUCUAAGCUUACAGUUUCAACUUUCAAUUGCCAAAAUAUAGGGAAAGACAUUUCUGUUUUCUCUGUAUUCAUUUGGAGAUCUCCAUUCUUUUGAUCUCAUUGCUUUGUGAUCUUCUCUUGCUCUCAAAGUUGUUCUUUUUGAUCUCUUCUCAAUCUGGAAGUCUGAAAAAUCCAAUCUUGAGGCAAUGGGUAGAUUGAGGCAUAAGAUUGAGGGCUUCAUCAACAACAGAUGGCUGGUUUUUGUGGCAGCAAUGUGGAUGCAAGCUGUUGGUGGGAUUGGUUAUCUCUAUGGCAGCAUUUCUCCAGUGAUCAAGAGCUCAAUGGGCUACAAUCAGCGCCAAGUUGCCAGCCUUGGUGUGGCUAAAGACCUUGGUGAUAGUAUUGGGAUCUUGGCAGCGACUCUCUGUGAGAUCCUGCCACUCUGGGCUGCCCUUCUCGUUGGUGCACUUCAGAAUGUCGUCGGCUAUGGCUGGGUCUGGCUCAUCGUCACAAAGCGAGUUCCAGCGUUGCCUCUGUGGGCGAUGUGCAUCCUUAUCUUUGUUGGGAACAAUGGAGAAACAUACUUCAACACGGCGGCACUUGUGUCCUGUGUGCAGAACUUUCCCAAGAGCAGAGGACCUGUAGUUGGCAUUCUUAAAGGUUUUGCCGGUCUGAGUGGUGCAAUCUUGACCCAAAUAUAUGCAAUAAUAGAGACACCUGAUCAUGCAGCUAUCAUCUUUAUGGUUGCAGUUGGACCGUCAAUGGUAGUUAUCGCCUUAAUGUUCAUUGUUCGGCCUGUCGGAGGUCACAGACAAGUGCGGCAGUCUGAUGGUUCUAGUUUCGUAUUUGUUUACAGUGUAUGCUUGAUUCUUGCUGCAUAUUUAAUGGGUGUCAUGCUUUUGGAAGAUCAAGUUGACUUGAGCUACUCUUUGAGAAUUUUGUGCACGGUCAUUUUACUCGCCCUCUUGAUCAUUCCCAUAGUAAUCCCUUUGCUGUUAACAUUUUACUCCGAUGAUUUGCCUACGAUGCAAGAAUCUCUUCUCCCUUCAUCUCACAAAGACGAGGUUGGUAAAUCAGGAAUAUCAGAUAACCAAGAUGUUAUUAUUUUCAGUGAGGUUGAAGAUGAAAAGCCUAAGGAAGUUGACCUGCUUCCUGCACAAGAGAGGCAGCGGAGGAUAGCACAGUUGCAAACAAAGCUAUUACAAGCUGCGGCUGAAGGAGCUGUGAGAGUCAAGAGGAGGCGAGGUCCGCGCAGGGGAGAGGAUUUCACCUUGACACAGGCAUUGAUAAAGGCGGACUUUUGGCUGCUGUUUAUGUCUCUGUUGUUGGGAUCGGGAUCUGGAUUGACUGUCAUUGAUAACCUCGGUCAAAUGACCCAGUCCUUGGGUUAUGAUGAACCUCAUGUUUAUGUUUCCAUGCUCAGCAUUUGGAAUUUUCUCGGCCGCAUUGGGGGAGGCUACUUCUCGGAGAUUAUCGUUAGGGACUACGCAUAUCCACGACCGGUUGCUGUGGCGGUGGCUCAGGUUUUGAUGGCAAUGGGGCACUUUGUUUUCGCUAUGGGUUGGCCAGGAGUGAUGUACAUCGGCACAUUGUUAAUUGGAGUUGGAUACGGAGCUCAUUGGGCUAUUGUGCCAGCCGCUGCAUCUGAGCUUUUCGGUGUUAAAAACUUCGGGGCGUUGUACAAUUUUCUCACAGCGGCCAAUCCUGCAGGUUCUUUGGUAUUUUCUGGUGUUAUCGCGAGUGGUAUCUAUGACUACGAAGCGGAGAAACAGGCUCACAAUCACCAAAAUUUGUCACUGGUUGGGAGAUUACUCUCUGGAACUAGACUUCAUGCGGAAGAGGUACUAAAAUGCGAAGGCUCUAUCUGCUUUUUCCUCUCAUCCUUGAUAAUGUCGGGUUUCUGCAUCAUCGCAGUUAUCUUGAGCAUGAUUCUGGUUUAUCGGACAAAAGUCGUUUAUGCUAAUCUUUAUGAUAAAUCUCGCGCUUGAGUUACUGAUAUGAAAGCAACCAUCAGCAUCACCGAUAUUGUAUUGAUUGCCAGUUUCCCUUAAAUCAGAGUUGCGAGGAAAAAUCUUCACCGGCUGGUGAAAAUUUUUAAUGGAGAGAUCAGUGGAAGUUAUGAAGGUGUCUCAAGUACAUUUCUUCGGGUGAAAAUUUUUAAUGGAUUGCCAGUUUAUCGUGUGCAUUUUACUGUAAAAUUACUUGAAUGGAGUUGAUAUCACCUGAACAAAGUUAUUGUUUUAAUAUUAUCCAGAGUAUUUGUGUGACA